GUUGGUGUUGCUAUGGCCCUGCCCUCCCUGCUCACUGAGCCAUUUCCUGUUUUUGACCUGAAAUCUUUAUUUAGAGCCAUCCCUCCUCUGCUGCUCGGCAUUCGUGAGUCAACUCAGAGGCCGGAGAGAUGAACGCAGCACUAAAAUCAGAUCUCCAUUCACCACAGAAGCUACGUAUACGCAUGCACGCACAGAGCUACCGUUCCCCAGACUGUAACCCGCCUCUGAGCAGAGGACUCCCGCCGACGUCUCAUGUCUGAUAUUUUGAGAAUCCCUGUUGCAAAGAAUCAAAUUCCUGUGUUUUAUUGUAGGAGCAGCAGUUUCUAAGCUCUGCUGUCUCCUCUGCUUAGUCAGUUUAACCUUUCAAAAAAACACUCAUACAUGUCAUAUAGUCCAGUGAUGGAAGUUUUUGUGUCUUACAACUUUCAGCCAAUGAUGACUUAAAGACUGGUCACAACAGUAUUUGAAUAGUAAAUUCAGUAGAAGUAAUAUAUCCUACAGAGCCACCGAAGAGUAACGGCGAGUUUUGUUUGAGGAUUACUUUUCCGUUCUUUUGCAGUAAUUUCCCAUUCCCAUCAUGCAACAUUAUUAUUUCAUUAUAACUGUGCAGUUAUCUGUAUCUGUGCAGUUGUCCUGAGUACAGUGUGUGGUUCAGUAUCCUCCAAAUCACUCUACUGUGUUCUUCUUACAGGCUGGGCCAGGUUCGGAAAAACGUUUUGCAAUGAUAUUCAGGUUUGGGUAAGUCUCGUUGGCUAUAAUAGGGGAAAACAUGCGAUAGCCAUUUGUGUCAGGGGACAGGGUAAAACAAACUCAGUGCAGCUUACAUUAAUGGUCUGGUUGAUCAUUUGGGUUUUUUUGUUUUUCAAAAAAAUAUAUAUUUUAAAAUCCAUUUCAGGUUCUGAUAGCCAUCAAUAAAUAUAGAGUCAUUUUCUAACAGUUGUCAGUCAGUGCACACUCACGUGUUUUGGGAGCGUAGGUACAGCGAGAGGGAUGAUGGCAGGGUGUGUGAUGUAUGUGUUUAUCAAAGUGGAGCCUGCUCUGGCUAGUUUUUCCAGGAUUACCAACCGUAGCUUUAACUGCAUCGGGUCAGGUUCAGACACAACACAGAGAAUGCCUUUCAUAUUCAGGUCAGGCUUGGUUAGUUUUCUCUCAGGCUCAGACGGUUUAGACAGAAAAUACUGCCCGAGCUGCACUCUAUUACAUAUGGCUCAAAGGUAUAGAAGAAGUAAAAUAUUGGGACCCAAAAGUAAUCUUCAAAAAGUAACUCUUGCCGUGACCCUUUUGGGUUCAGUAGGAUUCAGUUGGAGGGAUCAGAAUUAACUUCCUAGCAACAGCGUGGCUCCAUUAAUGUUGGAGAACAAUAACACAUUCGGAAUAUUUUGCAAAGAUGCAUGGAUGAGGUUUUUUUGUGUCACCUUCUGUUGUGAUCAGGAUUUUACAGCUGACAGUUUAAGUGCACAGCGAAUGUCUUGACAAGAGGACAAACUGAAAGAUUCAGUCCCAGAAACUGAAUCUUGUAAAGGCUGGACUUUAAUAGAUGGAACUUUUUGUGACAGCAGGUUGAUCAAAGAGGCAGCCUGUCUGGGGAAGAAGAAAAAUAACGGGGAGACUUGCAUUGUGUCUGUGAGUGUAUCAGUGCACAACUGGGUGAGUGUGCAGCAGGGGGCAUCGGGGGCACAAACGGCCCAAGAUGCCCAUUUUCUGCCCCGGGAUGCUCCGCUGGUGUUUUUGUCUGCAUGUGUGCAGACUCUGCUGGGUUUUGUUUGGGUUUACUGGACACCACCCCGCCAUCUGCUGCAGGGCAGGACUGACAUUACUGAUCAGCACCAACAGUCCACAGACCCAUUUCUGUCUGUGACCACCUACUAUCUCUGUGUCAAUGAGAAGUUUUCAGUGCAUGUCAGGAAACCGGGAAUCACAGGCAGACACUGAAGAUCUUUAAGAUAUUCGAAAAUUAAAAGCAUGACACUGUAAAAAUAAGUAAGAGCAUGAGAAUAACGUGAACAUUACCUCCACUUUACACUUUCAAAACGUUUCAAUUAAUGUGUAAUUAACUUAAGAGAGAGGGGAGAUAUAAUAUUACAGAAUGUGUGUGUGUGUGCGCGCGCUUGUACGUGUAUGGGUGUACGUGUGUACGUGUAUGUGUGUGUGUGCGUGCGUGCGUGUGUGUGUGUGUGUGUGUGUGUUUGUGUGUGUGUGGGCGGAGCAAAGUCGACGACGCCACUUCUCGGGGCAGCUGCUCGGUUUCAGCUUCUCCUGCUACGUUCACGUGCCCCUCGGAAAUUCACCUCUCCAUAACAAAAUGGUUCCCGUCCUGACCAUCAUUUUGCAGUCAUUACUAUUGGAGGAUAACUGACGAAUUGAGCAAAUGGGUUGUCAGAUAUGUAUCCGGAUGAAUUAAUUAACUGUAGAUUAAACGUUAUCUGGAAAAUGUUCUUUCAAGUCAUAAGGGGAGAGACGACUGUAGCCUCCAAUCUUUAGAGUUUCUCAGAGAUUGAGAAUUGAAAUAUAAGCAUAAAGAAAUAAAAUAGUUAGUUACAAAGUAGUAAACGCAUCCCAACAUGUUUUUGUUUAUUUAAGUACAAUAUUUCACCAGGCUAUAGCCUGUUUAAUACAUAAUAGUUAUGUCAAGCAAAAAUCUGUGAAGUGUUAAGGACUGGUUUUCAAAGCAGAAGUGCAAAAAAACUGGAGUGGCCACCGAUUUUUAACACCCUAUAAAGUGAACUCAUUGUUUCCCACAAUGCAUCGUGAAUAGUUGUGUAUUACCGAUGAUCACUAACCAAUAGCAAUACAUACCAUCAUGCAUUGCGCUUGCAGUGGAGAGAUGACAGGGGAGAGGGCAGCAGGGACAGCCUGACCUGUCCAUACAAAUUCAAAUACGAGCAGAGAAGAGCAUCACAACACAAACUGUGGCAAUGAAGUUUAUUUCUGCAUUUAGAUAUGUUCAAUCAAUAAAUAUUGAAACUAUGUGUAAAAUAAACUUUUAAUGCAUUCUGGGAUUUUACACCAGUAGGCAUUUUUGUUUUACGUUAUAAUCCUGCAACAAUGACGUAAUUACUGUCACAGAGAAAAUGCACAGUGUAGUGUCCGAAAGUGUUGAUGAGCUCACUAUAUAGUCCACUACAUAGAAGUCCCUACAUAGUGAAGUCCGGGUUAAGGCUAAUACAUGCUUCUGCGUUGAAGCUACGCUGUAGGUAUGCACGUUGCCUCUGCACGGGGCAUAGCAUUCAUAGUUGUGUGUCGGUGUGUGUGAGUCGCGCAGCAAUCACACCGCCGAAACGCUAGUGGUGGUAGAGUUUCUAUGCUGGUGUUGAGUGUCUUUUUGAGUGUCUGUUUAUUUACAACUUCUCUGCAUCUCUGUUUACUUCGGAACAAUGGCGAGUGGAUCGUGUUGGAGUUGGAGCCGAUAGAUGUUGAAGAGCAAUUGCUAUUUCUUAAAUAACUGCAAUGAAGAAAAGAAAGACGUCGCAUGUGUUCGCUCCAUCAACUCAAUUAAAUAAUGGUGGCGAGUCUGUCGGACCAAGGGGACCGAUCACAGCUCUUGUGGUCUGCGUGGCCUUGACGCGUCGUUCCAUUUUCAGGGAGGAUGCACGUCAGGGUACGGCGUAGAUAUGCGUAGGGUACACGUCUACGCGUAGGCUACGGUGUAGCUUUGACGCAGAAGCAUGAAUGGGUGAUUUCGGACACAGCCUCGGUCUCAAUGACAAAGUUCUUCCUUCGUGACAACUACACACGGGGGUGAAUUUUCUUAAAACUCUCGCAUUAAAUUAGCUUUAAAAUGAUGCAUUAUAAUUUUCUUGAUAUAAUGAAUACCAUUAUUUAUAGAUGUAUAAUUAUUGCAUAGUCUCUGAUUGCGGGAUGUACGGGCACGGGCAGCUCUUGUGGUGUCCGGCGGUCCGUGAAGGCAGCAGCGGUCCUGUGAGCAGCUUCCUCCUCCUGUCAGCGCCAUUGUGUGUCAGAGUCUCCGGCAGCUCGGACGGUUCGUGUUCCUGCAGCUGACAGGACUUUAAAUCGCCCUCCAUGUUUCUCCCUCUCUCUCCGGCCCUCCUGCACACGAUAUAUGUUCGGUAAAGGUGCGAAGCGGAAGCUGGACGAGGAUGAAGAGGGGCUGGAAGGCAAAACGCUGGAGGCGUCGGUGGCGGGAGGGGGAAUAAGCCUCUGCCCAGAGGGCCUGUCUAAGGUGUCCUACACCCUGCAGCGCCAGACCAUCUUCAACAUCUCGCUGAUGAAGCUGUACAGCCAGCGGCCGCUUGGCGAGCCCAGCCUGGAGCGCCGUGUCCUUAUCAACAACAUGUUGCGGCGCAUCCAGGAGGAACUCAAGCAGGAGGGCUCACUGCGGCCACUACUCCUGCCACCGUCACCGCCACCUGACGACCCCAUGGAUGAGGGCUUCCGUGAGGCGCCGCCCUCAUUUGGUGUUUUAUCAGCGGCAGCAGCAGCACAGGUAUCCCAGCCUUCUGUGUUGUUGAUGCCGGCGAUCGCUCCACCGCCUUCACCCCACCCAAUGGUGCCUCCCAACUGCCAGGCGUCCCAGGCAUGCCCCAGCCGUGCAGAGGCUUGCCUUGCCCCUCUGGAAGCCUGCCUCACUCCAGCCUCAUUACUGGAGGAGGAUGGAGGAGAUUCAACCUUUUGUGCUCCAUCCCCACCAACUCCUCCUCUGUCGCCUACCCCAGCGCAGUGUCCCACAUUACCUUCGGCACUUCUGAGCCAGGUGUCCCCCAGGGUCCCUGUGCCUGCCUCGUCCAGUGACAGUUUCCCCUCCACGCUGGGUGACAUAGAGUUGGGUCCUCCCACAGCCAUAACAAGGACAGCAGCAGCUAAUACUACGACCGUGACUACCUCCCCAGCUCCCACGCCACUCACCCGGCCCUCCCAGUUAGCACCUCUUUCCCCACCCAGAGACUGCAGGACCAUGGGCUCUAAACCAGAGGCAGCUAGCGUCUUGCUAGCUGAAGCUCGCUGCACCGAGCUCCGGCCCAUGGACAAUCUGCCCACACUGCCCCCUGGUGGCUUAGUAGACAUUUCCUCUUGUCCCUCCUCACCUCCUUCCUCUGCCUCACCCUCGGGGUUUCUCUCAGACUUGGCGCUGGAUGAUGUCCUGUUUGCCGACAUUGACACGUCCAUGUAUGACUUUGACCCCUGUACAACAACGGGGGCAGUGGGCGUGGCGGCAAGCGGGGGCCUUGCCAAACUGUCACCGGUGGUGACGACAGACGACCUCCUCAAAUCGCUUGCGUCACCAUACAGCGGCUCCGCCCCGCAGGUUUCAGCCAAUCAGCCUUUUAAAAUAGAUCUGACAGAACUGGACCACAUCAUGGAGGUGUUGGUGGGGUCGUGACUCACGGACACCAACACGUCAGAAACACACAAACGGUUUGAUCUGGAGAACAGACUGGAAUGAAAAGUUGUGAUCGCUUUGGGGGCCGUCUUGGUCGUUUUUAUGUUUGUUUUUUUUAAACUUUGUUCAAAGAUCGGUAAUUGUAAACAUCGAUGGUGAUGUCAAUUCGUACUACUUUGACAACUACUACUACUACACAACACUGUGCAUGCACUGUGCUCGCCUUUCCAAAUAUGGAAAUGAAGUAACUGGGAAACAAAGACACAAAUAAGUUUGUAUUUCUAUACUUGUGAGGACCUCCAUUGACUCCUUUCAUUCCCUAACUCUAAUUUCAACCUAAUCCUAGUUCCAAUCUUUAACCUGAACCUAAGCCUUAACCCCGAAGAGUAACUGUAAAUAGAGAAAAUAUAGAGGACUGUCACAUUGUCCUCAUUUUCGAGGACUCUGCAGUCAUUAUAUCCUUGUGAGGACAUUUACGUCUCACAGGUAAAGAAAUACAAGUGAACACACACACACACUGAAUCCAUGGCUUUUAGCAGACGAGUGCCUUUCAGAAUGACCACUUAUUCAAUUCCUGUUUUUUACAGUAUUUUUUUCUUUUCUAGUCUUUUCACUUUAACAGCCUAGCGAGGUCACUCCUCGAUGUUCUUUUAAAUUAUUGUAUUGUAUUAAAACUAUAAUUAAGGAGGGCAAUUUCUAACGAUCAAAUAAUAAUUAUUUAAUCUUUAUCUUAUUGCAGAUGCUAUGUUUUAUUUGUUAAGCAAGCAUAAAAAAUGUUUUAUGAGAAAGACAUUGUUUUAUCAGUGUGCUACAUUACAUAUUAGCUCGGCUUUUUAAUUACGCUUUGGGAUUAGCUCUUAAAUACAUUGCCUAGUUGUUUGUUAAACUGUUGGUUGAAGGAGAUGUUCUUGUAUGAAUUCAGUUCAGGACUUCGGCAGGCACAUAUAACUGUGCUGGAUGCUAUUUUACAUGAGCUCGGGCAUAUGGGUUAGUUAUCAUGCUUCAGUUACAGCAGAAUUCAAAUGAGCUACACCCACAGGAAAGCUGGAUGUGUUGACAUUGGAAGCGGGGCAGCGCCAGCAUGGACUCUUCCCUCCCAGUCACAUGUAGAUGACCUGAAAAGUGGAACCUAAGCACACACUGUAGGCUCUUAACACAUGUUCAGUCUGGACCCAAGACAAAACAGCGAGCACAGAUUGCAGGGGAAGUCACAGUGGCUCCAGGGGGACUCCGUAGAAUUUCUCAGAAUCACACAAAGAAAGUUGAAUAUUUUAGGGGGAAAAUGCCUUAUUUCUGGUUUGGGUCACAUGGAAUUAGCAUCAUGAGUGACAGACAAAUUACAGCACAGUAUACAGUAUUACACACACGCUGUAUGUUUACAGCUCCUCUGCACUUCGUGAACCCCAGUGCUGAGGUUGACCGCAGAGCUCAUGGAUGAUUGAAACACAUACGAUAACAGGAGGACUAAAUCCGUCUCGUAAAUAAUUUGAAUGUGUAUUUUCCGCUCAAGUAGGAAACUUAAACUGCAACAAUGCAAAAGAGUCUAAACACAACCUCCCCUGCACACAGCCGUAUGCAUGAUAUUUAGUACAUAAUGACUAAAUGUGAUGGCAAAGUCCAGCAUCGCGAAUAUUGGUCUCCUUAGAAUCCUAAAGUCUCUGUACUGAGUAUGAAUUCUUUACCAGGCAAAUGCUGUGUCCACGAUUGAGCCUUUUCUUUGGUACGCUAUCAGUUGAAGCUGAAACUCCUCCUCACACACAUUUCCUUACUCGAGUCACAUAUGUGGAUAUUGGCUGUGAUGCUUACUGGAUAAAAAUGCAUGGAGGUGCUUGUGGGGCAGAGGCAAAAGGCUGAGAACUGCUGUGUCACCCAAGGCCCUGAUCAGAUGCCGCGCUGCUUUUUUUUCGUGGAAGCCAACACUUAAAAAAAAAAAGAGCAAUGCAGAGCUUUUUUUCCUACUGUUGCUAGGCAACUAUCAAAUCACCUGUCUUAAGCAAAACGGAUUUUGUUGUGAAGUAAACUCACAGAUCUGUGCAUGCUAUCUAAAUGUAUAAGCUACAGGCAGAGGGUACUUGCUCUGGCUCCUAUAGAGGAUGAUAGGCUAUUUUUGAAUAAUUUGCUCGGCACAGGGAAACAAAUCAGAAACGAUCAGUGUGGGUACAUGGGGAACAGAAUCACCAGCUGCUCCAGGAGCUCCGCUGGUGAUGGUUGCUUCACAGAUUAUUUUAGGAUGAGUGCGGGGACGUUUGACAGUCUGCUGUCAAUCGCUACAAUAUGUUCAGAAGUGUCUUGCAGCUUGUAGAACGAUGACGUUAAAAGUGGGCUGAUGUUGGCUUUACUCAAACCACAAGCUUUAUGCAACCAAUACCGUUUGUACAGUUACAAUAAAUGAAAACAACUCACCUGAAAUCUUAAGCACAGCACCAACCCUCCUCCACACCUGCCUGGAGCAUCUGGCCACAGCCACCUCUAGUUUCUCCUCCAUCAAUGUUGUUUCCAAUCAAAGGCACGCAAUUCUAAAUUGAUCAGAUUGGACAACGGGGGAAAACGCUAAUAAGACUGAUGACCAUUUAGAAUGAACAGAUCUCCAGCCCCACUAAAAGCAUUUAUUUGUGUGUGUGAAUAGCAGUGUCACAUAUGUAGCCAUAAUUUAUAAGCAACCCAUUCUGAAAAGGACAAACACAUUGGCACCAGCAUAGCGGUAUGUUGACUCUAAGAAAAGGCAUGGAGUGGACACAGGCAAUUGCAAUUCGCAGAUGUAAAAUUAUUCUUUUCAAAGUCAAACCAGUUGCAGAACCACAAGAUAGUUCAGAUUUUAACUUUAAAGUGUUUUUUAAAGUUUCUACAGCAAAACAAAAAGUAUGCAAUAUUUAGAAAGCAAUGACUCAGCACCUUCCCUCUUUGACAUCAAUUAAUCAGUGCAAUCAGAUUUUAACCAAUAGGCAAAUUGGGACCCUGGGAUUCUUUUAUUCAUGUUCAGUGCAUUUCAGUUGUUUGUGGGAUAUUUGUGCAAAAUAGUGUCUUUUGAAAGCUGCAUUCGUUGAUAUUUUUGUGCCAUUUCAACAUGUAUUACCACUUAUGUUACCAUAUAUUGCUUGUUAACUAAUACACAUUAAUGUUAAUUUAUUCUCAUGUCUUUUGCCACCUGAUAACUUAUAUUAACUUUCCUUUUUGCUCCUUUGUGGUCUCCACCAACUCCUGAAGGAAGCACUAGCUGGUACAUGAAUGCUCCACUAUGCCCAACAUCUCAUCUCCGGAUUUCUCUGCAAUUUGUUGCUUUUAGUGAGUUUAUCAGAGCUUUUUCAAUAAAAGCAACUCCCAGAGCGAUAAGUUAAAAGUAACUGAUGUGUUCCUUCUAAUGAAGCGAAACUGAAAGUUCGAUGGUAACGAUCUGCAAGUUUAUCACUAUAAACACAUCAUGCAUUAUAGUUUUGAUAUGGAUAUAAACAUAUUAAUGAAUGCAGCUUUAUUGUGCACAUUGCAUCUACAUUUGUUUGGAUAUUCACAGCAAUAUAAGAAAAAUACACCGUAUACUGACACAAUGCAUGGUCCUGAAAAGCAGGGUUUCUCACCAACAGUUUUUAUUUUACGUCGCAAAAUAUUAAGUGACUAUUAAACACAAGAAACCCUCAACGCCUCUGUGUCUCUCAGCACAGCCUUUCCAUGGUGAAAAACGGUCUGAUAAUGGUAUUUCUAGCAGAGGUCCCAGCUGGUGGGACUCAGUGUUGCUAAUGGGACAGAAUGUGUUAUCUGCAUUACAGCCUGACUCAUCUUCCUGUGGCAGCCAACAGCAGUGAGGCUUUAAACUCAAACAGUGGAGGAUCAUUGGUUCCCAGAGGUUUGACACUUGACCUCAGCUCGUAUGUAUAUGACCUGCAAUGGAACUGAAUUCAGAGUGUGUGAGCCGAGCAGACAGCAGCACCAACUCAUGUUGUUUAUAGACGACUGUGUCUUGUUUCUUUCACUAUGUUUGAAUUUUGGAGUGCUUGUUUUUUUUUUUUUGUCAAUGAAGUUAUUUAUUCAUAUUGUUUUUUUCUUUUCUUUUCUGUGUAAAUAUAUUUAUUUUGGAUGUGAAGUGAACAUUUGGAUUGUAAAUGCGUGUACAGAAUGUGUGGUAGGAAUGUACUUCAGAUAGGAAUGUAUCUGAGUGUGGAAUUAUGGGUGGAAGCCAUUUUUUUUAUAUACAUAGGUAGUUAUAUUAUCUUGUUUAUUUGUUUGUUUGUUGCUACGUUAUUGAUUAUUUUUUUGUGGGUCGGCAGCCACAACUUUUUACAUCUUUUUGUACUCAGAUUUUUUUUUUUUUCAACAUUUUUUCCAGUUGAAGGCGAACAGUUAAUGCAGCAAUACUCAAAAACCCGUCUCCAACCUUCAGAUGUCAAGACUCCAAAGCCUGUCAUAGACGCUUCAAUGCCAAAAGUAAUGUACAUAGUAUGAACAACAUUCGAGCUCCUGAGACUUUUUUGAUCAGUGUUUGUUACCGAACCUGUUGAGUCAGCCGCGGAAGACUGAGCGCGGUCGAGGCUGACUCUCUACAAAGGCUGUAUUUUACACAGACCUCAGAGCUGUGCCUUUUUCUAUGCAAUAGAACACAGAGAGAGAGAAACUAUCAGCUGAUCACUGUAUUGGCAUCCAGAUGUCGACUGUAUACACAUUGGUAUAUGUAUAUCCAGUCCACAUUUGAAUCCUGAUAUAUAUACGUGUAUAUAUGAGAUAAAUGGACAGCUGUCUGUGAAUUUAAAACAGUCUUACUUUUGUAGUUUUAUAUAUAUAUAUAUAUAAAUAUAUAUAUAUACAAUAAACUGUAAAAAGAG